UUCCAGCCACUGCAGGGGCAUCAUGGCUGUGGAUGUGACAGACGUGGCAGAAUACCACCUGAGCGUCAUCAAGAGCCCCCCUGGCUGGGAGGUGGGAGUCUACGCUGCAGGGGCCCUGGCCCUGCUGGGAAUCGCAGCUGUGAGCCUGUGGAAGCUCUGGACAUCGGGCAGCUUCCCCAGCCCCUCCCCAUUCCCAAAUUAUGACUACAGGUACCUUCAGCAGAAGUAUGGCGAGACCUCCGUGGAGGCCAGGCCAAAGACAAUGCCUGCCUGGAACACCCAGCGGGCCAGGACUCGGGGACCACCCAGUCGCAAGGGCAGCCUCAGCAUCGAGGACAACUUUGAGGCCAUCAGUGAGCUGGGGCCGCUGGAGCUGAUGGGCCGCGAGCUGGACCUGGCCCCCUAUGGGACCCUCCGGAAAUCCCAGUCGGCCGACUCCCUGAACUCCAUCUCCUCCGUGAGCAACACCUUCGGGCAGGACUUCACGCUGGGCCAGGUGGAGGUGAGCAUGGACUACGACCCAGCCUCCCACACCCUCCACGUGGCCGUGCUGCAGGGCAAGGACCUCCUGGAGCGCGAGGAAGCCAGCUUCGAGUCCUGCUUCAUGCGCGUGAGCCUGCUGCCCGACGAGCAGAUCGUGGGCAUUUCCAGGAUCCAGAGGAAUGCCUACUCCAUCUUCUUCGAUGAGAAGUUCUCCAUCCCGCUGGAUCCCACGGCCCUGGAGGAGAAGAGCCUGCGGUUUUCUGUGUUUGGCAUUGACGAGGAUGAGAGGAACGUCAGCACCGGGGUGGUAGAGCUGAAGCUCUCGGUACUGGACCUGCCCCUGCAGCCCUUCAGCGGCUGGCUCUACUUACAGGACCAGAACAAGGCUGCUGACGCAGUGGGAGAGAUCCUGCUGUCCCUCAGCUACCUGCCCACAGCUGAGCGCCUCACCGUGGUGGUGGUAAAGGCCAAGAAUCUUAUCUGGACCAACGACAAGACCACAGCAGACCCCUUUGUGAAGGUGUACCUGCUGCAGGAUGGGAGGAAGAUGAGCAAGAAGAAGACAGCCGUGAAGAGGGAUGACCCCAACCCAGUGUUCAACGAAGCCAUGAUCUUCUCGGUGCCAGCCAUUGUGCUCCAGGACCUAUCUCUCCGUGUGACGGUGGCUGAGAGCAGCAGUGACGGCCGUGGGGACAACGUGGGCCACGUUAUCAUCGGGCCAUCAGCCAGUGGCAUGGGCACCACACACUGGAACCAGAUGCUGGCCACACUGCGCAGGCCUGUGUCCAUGUGGCACCCUGUCCGGCGAAACUAGCAGCCAGGGCAGUCCAGAUGGGCAGCAGAGCCUCUAGAGCCUGGUGCCCACUCGCUCUAUCCAAUGCCCUCUCCAUUGACCAGCUGGAGCUGCGGACACUGGGGUACCCCUGGGAGUCCCCAUCAGCCAACUUGGACCCUCUGUC